AGCGAAGAGCGAGCAUUAAAAGAACCAGGAGAUCUGCUCCAAGGAUGGUGUCGGAACGUCAGCAGUCAACGUACCGAGCGCACUCGGUGACCUGCGCAGGGACCGAGGCCCACUUCUCCCUCUGCCAGUUUGAACUGGUGAAAGGCAACGGCACGACCCAGUGUCACGGAGGGAUGCCAGCUGCUGUCAGCUGUGUCUCCGGACCCAUGUUCAGCAAGGGCCGCAAGCGGAUGAAGCAGCCCGAGCCAUCUGUGCGACUGAAGGCCGGUGCGAGGAUUGGAGAAGGUCGAGUGGAAAUUCUCAAAGACAAUGAGUGGGGCACUAUCUGUGAUGACCGCUGGAAUGCCCUGUCUGCCAGUGUGGUCUGCCGUGAGCUCGGAUUCGGCAGCGCCAAGGAGGCGCUGACCGGGGCACGGAUGGGAAAAGGGAUGGGCCCAAUCUAUCUCAACGAGGUGAAGUGUACAGGCUUCGAAAAGUCGAUCUGGGAUUGUGCAGCGAAGAAUAUUUCAGAGGACGACUGCAAACACACUGAAGAUGCAGCCGUUCGCUGCAAUGUCCCCUAUAUGGGCUUUGAGACCACGAUCCGGAUCAGUGGAGGACGGACUCGUUUCGAGGGCAGAGUGGAGGUUCUGACAACAAUAGCUAAUGGAACUCAGCAGUGGGGCCUGCUAUGCGGAGAAGGCUGGGGGACUCUGGAGGCCAUGGUGGCUUGUCGGCAGCUGGGCAUUGGAUACGCCAACCAUGGUGUCCAAGAAACCUGGUACUGGGAUGCCGACACUGGUGCCAAAGAGAUGGUUCUGAGCGGAGUGAAGUGUACUGGAAAUGAGAUGACGCUAAGCCAGUGUCAGAACCAUGGAGCCAAUGUGAAAUGCAAGAAGACUGGGGCACGUUUUGCUGCUGGAGUGAUAUGUUCUGAGACUUCGUCUGACUUGAUCUUGGAUGCACGGCUUGUCCAGCAGACUGCCUACAUUGAGGACCGACCCCUUCACAUGCUGUACUGCGCUGCCGAGGAGGACUGCCUCUCCAGCACUGCCAGGAAUGCCAACUGGCCAUACGGGCACCGCAGGCUCCUCCGCUUCUCCUCCGAAAUCCACAACAUCGGCCGGGCGGACUUCAGACCCAAGGCCGGCCGGCACUCCUGGGUCUGGCAUGAAUGUCACGGACACUACCACAGCAUGGACAUCUUCACCCAUUACGAUAUCCUCACAUUGAAUGGCAGUAAGGUGGCAGAGGGACAUAAGGCCAGCUUCUGCCUGGAGGACAGCGAUUGUGAUGACAAUGUGGCCAAGAGAUAUGAGUGUGCUAACUUCGGGGAGCAGGGGAUCACCGUGGGCUGCUGGGACUCUUAUCGUCAUGACAUUGACUGCCAGUGGAUUGACAUCACAGACAUCAAGCCUGGAAACUACAUCAUGCAGGUUGUGAUCAACCCAAACCAUGAGGUUUCUGAGAGUGACUUCACCAACAAUGCCAUGAAGUGUAAUUGUAAAUACGACGGACAUCGAAUUUGGAUGCACAACUGUCACAUAGGCGAUGCUUUCAGUGAAGAAGCAGAGAGAGAAUUUGAGAAAUAUCCGGGACAGUUGAAUAAUCUGAUUCCCUAAGCGCUGUCCCACCAGCAUCUCGCCAAGGAAUCGGCUCCUUACAACCAUCUCCAUGCAGGAGUCCUCCUGGACUGAACCUAGGGCUCAGCUCUCUCCCAAUGGACAAACUCUCUUCAACCCCCUCCAAACACUGAACCCGACCCCUGAACAUUGCCCGCUGGGUUUGUGACAACCCCCACCUACACCCCCCUCGACCCCAGACACACACACACACACCCUACCCCCCCCCGACC